UGUGCAACAAAAUGGACCACCAUUGGAUACAGUUGCUGCGAAAUCAAUGAGCAGUUGUGGCCCGCAACCUGUUGUGCUCACUGCUUCGAUUGGCGGCGGCUGUGGAACGCCUGGCGGUAGGAAGGCGCCGAUGUCGAAUUCGGUAACUGUAAAUUAUCAGCCAAAACGGGUCCCCGAUCAUUCCUCAUGCCUUCCGCAGGCCCCGGCCGAAGCAGCGACCGUUGAAUCAGCUCCGGUUUUUCAAACACAUCUCCCGCCACCGCAGCCCCAAGGGUUGGUGCCGACGGGAGAGCAACUGGCCCAGCAUCAGCCUCGGAAUUUUAAUUAUGUCAGCAGCAGCAGUUCCGGGGGAGCAGCGAACCCCCCGGUCCAACAAGUAUUCGUAUCAACGGCACCACCAAAGCGAAAUCGUAUGGACUGGCAAAAUCCACCGAUGAACAUGCCAUCCCAAGACCAUCAUAUUGCAGCUCAGAACACGAAGAUGCUGGCAACAGCUGGUGGAAGACAACGAACAGGCGGUUUGUCGAGCAUUCCGCAGGUGCCAGUGGUUGGCACAGAAACGAAUUUACCAAGAAGGAGCAGCUACGGGGUGAAUGGUGACAUUCUGGCGCAGCUUACACCCUGCGUGGAUACCAAACGGCUCGAACUUGCAAUGAAAGGCUCCGGCACUUGCAUUAAGUCAACGACCAGGAUUGCACAAUCUCUGUUACCGUCAUUUUCACCGGAAACAACAACAUUGCGAGAUUUGUUGAUGGCAACAGCGGGGGCGCAUUCGAAAGUAAUCACAACGAGUAACAGGACCCAUUAUAUCUCCGUUAUCAACGAUGGGGGACAUCGUUAUGCACCCUAUGCAAUUCCGGUUGCCAGUGAGUAGUU